CCUGAGCCCUCGGGUGAUCCAAUCAUCUUUUGGACUCAACCAUUUUUUGGGCGACUUGCGACUUGCAAGGUUUUCGACAAAUCAAAUGAACCUUUGAGCUUUUCUUCUUCCCUUCCCCCCUUCUCAAUUUUUUAAAGACGCCACUUGCGCAUUUCUUACCUACCCUGUACCCUACCGAACAUACACUACUGCGACUGAACAUUGGACAGAAAUCGGAACUUGUGUCAUGGUACCUACCUUGAAUCGUUCCAGCCCUGCCAGCUUUUGUUUUCGCCUCAACAAGGGACCGUAUACAUACCUACCUAGUCAACCCCAUCGGACCUUUCCGAAAACUGGCAUACAAACACACACAUACACCAUCACCACCACCACCACCACCACCAUCAUAUCAUCUUUUACAAGCUUUUCAUUGUUUCACACGCCCAACUUUUACCUUCUCCCACCGACAGAUCAUCUGGCUUCCUGAACUGAACAGAAAGUUUUUCUCCUCACCCACACUCACUGUCUUUGAUCCGUAUUAUUGCCCGGUCAAGUCUUCUCGGUGAUGAAGCUUCCUCCUCCAUACCCGACAUUUCUACCAUCCGAAUACCUGAACACCCGAAACCCAACGACGACCCUUGUUACUCCUACAAAACCGACACCUUGAACGACUGAAACAAGGCAACCAAAAUUCAACAUGGAGCAUUAACGGAUCAAUCAACCUCUUAUCACGCGUGGAAGUAGUAUAGGUCAGGCUGCGUGCGGUUUGUUGCUGGUUGCGCAAUUGGGAUAACACAGAGCAGAGUCUUAUUUCCAGGAUCUCAAUCAGUCCUGCCGAGACUUCCAGUUUGUGUGACUCGCGAAUCAGAGCAAAAGUAAAGGCCAAAAAAAGGGGACGGGACUUUCUUUUCUUCAACACUCCACGCCAAUCAAUGCAAUGGGAAUCCAAAUCGUCGAGUCCGCGCUAGAACCGCCUCGAUCGUCUUUCGCGCAGCCGCAGCAGCAGCAGCAACAAUACGGACCAUGGCACUACCGCGAUGUGCGCUCAAGCAGCCGCCGUUAUGGCUGGGGUGAAGGACCGGCGGCGGCGGCGGCGGCGGCCCUCAUCUCGAAUGCAUUUUCCGAGAAGAAGAGAUUUGCUGGAGCCGCGGAGGGGGGUAGUAGUAGGGGUAGCGGAAAGAGUACCAGCAAGACGGCAGUGGUGUGUCUUCCACUUCCUGCUCUUGUUGUCGAACAGGCCCAGGAAGAGCAACCGGAAACUAGCAGCAUCGGAUCAACAGAAGUUCUCACGCUCUCGGUCCCAGCCGCAGCCCCAGCCUUAGCCUCAGCCUCAACACCCACAACAGCAACAGCCUCGCCGUGGCCAUCAUUCACAAUCCCAAGACCUUCUGCCUCUACUUCCCCAAUCCUCACAUUCCCACUUACUCCCAUCAACCCGCCGCAUCUUUCGCAUCUUGAGGCGCAUGUCCUUCCCAAACCCAAAAGCCUUAAACGUUCUCGUCCCUGCACAGACGUAGAUGGCCACAACACCGCCCCGCUCCCGUGCAAGAAGCGGCGUCUGCGGCUAAACUUCGUCACGUCCCGUCUAUCUCAUCCCUUUUCGUUACCCGCUACGCACAUCCUUAACCGGGAAUCGAUCCUCAAGGGAGAUAAGAGGCUACGAAGUAUAGCGGCGGCAGCGAACAGGAGGAUGGCCAUGGCUGGAUUAGGGUUCGGUGGAGUUGGGGGGCAAAAUGGGGGCGGAGGUGGAAUGGCAAUGGCGAUGGGAGGGAGUGGGAGUGCGGCAUCGUGGUUGAGGAAGAUGGCUGUCAUGAAUCGGUUUAGGUUGAGGAUGAUGGGGGAGGGUUUGGUGAGGGCUCAGCAGGCUCAGCAGGCUGCGCAGGCACAGGCUGUACAGGCACAGGCUCAUGAAACUGGGCAAGGGAGAGGAGGAGGAGUACCUAUGCAACGAACAGCUCAAGGACAUCAUGGCUUCGAACCCGCAACAACUCAACAGCCUCCUCCACCUAGGGGCAGUCAAGCUGGUGGGCAACAAGUUCGGGUGCCAGUAAUAACAGGGUUUCCACCACCGGUGAUACACACCACCACCUCCAACUCAGGACCACAAACAUCAGCACCAUCAACGCCACAACGCCUCUCUCCCUCUCCGCCCCUUCACCCACUUUACUCACCAGACCUUCGGCCCACAGACGACCAAGACGAUCAAGACUUUGACGACGAAGACGUUGCCUUCCCCACAUCAGCGCACGAAAGUCGAUAUGAAGGCGAAGAAGAGGAAGAAGGGCACGAAGUGUAUGCGGAUUUUGGGGUGUUAUUCGGCGGCGGCGGCGGCGAUGGGGAUGAUGAUGUCGACGAGGAGGGAGAUAGCAUAUCUGGCGAGAUGUCUGGAGAGCAGCAGCAGGAGUGUUUGGGUUUGGACGAUUGGGAUGGGAUUUCUUGGGGGGCUGCGUAGAUCUUCCUAGGUAGUGAGCUGGUAUGGGAGGGUAUGGAUGGGACGGGGUUGCGGACUGGGCGGCAUUGUCAUGUUAUUUACUACCGCAUCACUAAAACUUGGGCGUAUCGAUUGGUUCGGGCAGGACGUCGUGCUUUUUAGCGCAAGCUUUGCAUGUAGGCGGUUACAUAAAACAAAGCAGAAGAAAGAACAUAGGUGGCAUUUGUCAGUGAUUUGUUUACCUUGGUUGCCGUACCAGGCCUUCCAGCGCGAAACUUGUCCGUUCUUUGUCUGGAUACCUGCCAGAUCUCAUUCUCUUCACCCGGCACGUCUACAUCCUUCGGGGAGAUACGCGAUCACGCUCGGGCGGUUACUUCCUCGUGGCGAACAUUGUUGUUGUUGGGGCUCGCGACUCGCCUCCGCCUCGGGCAGCAGGCAGCUCGCGCGGCUCCGGCCGAUGGUGUUGAUAACGAAUACAUGUAGAUAGCCUUGGCGAGGGAAGACGAUAACGGAAUCAAUGUUCAUCAAUUGGAGAUUUCGACA